AUGAGCCCCUACAUUUUCGGAGUCGUCGUCCCACUCCUCGUCACUCUCCUGGUCCGCAACAACAAUUCCAAGAAACCGAAACGCGGCGUUUCGGUCGAUGUGGGAGGCGAACCCGGUCUAGCAAUACGGAACCGCCGGUUCGAGUCGCCGGUCCAGAGCGCGUGGGAGGGGGUCGCCACGCUGGCGGAGCUCUUCGAAGAAGCGUGCAAGACGCACGCGCAGAGGCUUUUGGUUGACACGCGUGGGGUACUGCUGAGGGAAGUGGAGACCGGUCACGACGGCAGGUCGUUUGAGAAGCUGCACUUGGGGGACUACGGGUGGCUAUCGUACGACAGAGUGUUCGAUGUCGUUUCGGGGUUUGCGUCGGGGCUGACUUACAUCGGGCAUGUGAGGGAAGAACGCGCUGCGAUCUUCGCCGACACGCGCCAAGAGUGGUUCAUGGCGCUCCAGAGUACUAUUCAAGACCUUUUGGUGCAACAAGGUCUUGAUCAGGCGUUAGGAGAUGAAAGACCGACUUCUAUAAAUGAAAUUGAGUGGACUAAGAUCCAAAGGAGGGCUGUGAGCACAAUUCGGUUAGCCCUUGCUCCUAUGAUAAAACACGUGUUGAAGGAGACAAACCCGAAGGUCUUGUGGGAGAAGCUUGGAAAUAUCUAUGCAUUAAAGUCGCUAACCAAUUGCCUUUGUUUGAAGAUGAAGUUGUAUCAACUCAAAGUGCAGAUGGGAGGAGAUCUUCUUGAUCAAAUCAACAAGUUUAACUAG